AUGAAGCCACAAGUGGUAGUCGACUACAAUAAAGGAAGACAAGGAACAGAUUUGUCGGAUCAACUGUCAGCGUACUACACAUGUCUAAAGCGAUCUGUAAAAUGGUAUCAAAAGAUGGCGUUUGAAUUGAUAUUUGGAACAUCAAUAGUGAAUAGCUAUUUGAUAUACAAGGAAAACUAUACAACAAGCAACAUAAACAUCUUACAGUUUCGUGAGAGUCUUGUGCGAUCUUUACUCCUUGGUUCAUCAUCCGAAAAUCUGAAACCUGGUUCGGGACAACAGUCAACAAGCCAAACGAAGUACAAACUUGUUGAUCAUAAGCUGGAAGAAAUAGAAGAAUCUGCGCGCAAUAUUCGCAGACGCUGCACUGGUUGCUAUGAACAAGGAAGGAAACAACAAUCAAGAGAAGCGAGCUAUGCGGCAGCUAAGAAAACUGUUCUCAUAAUGCCCAUCGAUAUCGUAUUCAUCAAUCGAUUGUCUCAGACAAUAAAUCUUGUAAAAACAAGAAAUAACAGACCAUCGCGACAAAUAGCGAAUAUUCAUCCUGGUGGAUCGGUUUCUUGUAGUUUACCAGACGGAUGGUCUGGUAACUUUCGUCAUGCUGGUGGUACCGGUGGUAUUACCCUCUUUGAAGUUUCUGUUAGGGCAAACGACAGAAAUGUCUAUUAUGACCUCAGCGUCAUUGAUGGGUUCAACGUGCCAAUGAAAGUGCGAGCACCGGAUGGGACACGUCUAAAAGCCCUGCAUAGACGUGCACGAGACGCGUAUCUAUUUCCUGCAGAUAAUUCCAAAACACAUGCCAGUCGUGCAGGAAAGUUUAUUGUUACUUUCGAACGAUGA